AUGGCGUCCACACCCUCACCCUCCACCUCCCGACUGGAAUCCCUCCCAAUCGAAGUCCUCCAAUUAAUCUUCCUCCACAGCCUGGAAAUAAACCUCCCACGCUCCUCACCAAUCCUCUCAACCGCCCUAUCCAGCCAACUCCUCUACACCUGGCUGAUCCGACUAGCAUUCAGCAGCAACAACCCCGGCUCCCGAGACAACUUCUUCACUACAGAUUUCCUACCACCACCACUGGACUUCUGGUCCUUGGGCACGGAAGAGCGAGCGAGUCUCCAAACAGCUUUAUUAUCAUGCAAAUGGUGCACAUUACCUCUUUUCCGCAGGUGCCAACGCGAAUACGUCCACCAUGCCAUUGCGCAGAAAUCGAAAAUUCUCCGAUUCGCUCCUGCAGAUCGGGAAAUUUUGGAUAAUUUGGACUCGUUAUUUGAUGCGGGUGUUGGUGAUAACUUUGAUUCUUGUGAUAAAGCUCUCGAUGGGAGGAAAGGGAAAGGGGAUAUUGUCAUUCCGGCACUAUUGCUACAAUUACCACCAUCCGAAUUAUCAUUAUCAUCAUCAUCGCCAUCUUCCGAGUCUUCUUCAACGACUACCAUUACCACUACCACUACCACUACCACUACCACACCAGCCCAACCCCAAAAACUAGCAAUAUGGCUAAACCUCGGCGCCAUCCAAAUCCGCCCCAAAUCCGAAAUCUACAUACCAACCAACCAAAAUAUCUACCGCCUCCCCUCACCCUCAAACGCCCUGCAUCCAGCGCCGAUACCCUCAAAGCUCCUCCGCAGUCCCUGGACGCGCUCCCAAUUCGAAUUCCUCCAAUUACUAGCACCGGACUUCUAUCUCGAUGAAGAUGAGCACGAUGCGGAGCGCAGUAGUGCUGUUACGAGUCGGCUUAUUCGGCAGAGGCGGAUUGAGCCGUUUAGGGUUUUGUUGGGGAUGUAUUUUCGGGCGAGGAACUGUCGGGUUCAUGUUCGGUGGCCUUUGAGGGAGGUUCAUUUUGGCUUGAUUUUGAGGUUUUCGAGAGUGGGGGGUGGUGCUGGUGGUGGGAAGGGGAAAGGGGAAGGGGAUCCUUUUGCGAGGGUUGUGCUUGAUGAGAGGUGGGAUGAUAUUCCUGCUGAGGUUAAGGAGGAUUUGUUGAGGGUUGUUGGGUGA